UGGCGUCUCGGGCGUCGCGAAGCCUAUCGUUUUUGCUGGAGUUGAUGUUUGAGAAACAUUUUCUUUUCCACAUUCAAAACUGGGCAGCACUCGUCCGAGAGAAGGAUUGCCUCGAGCCGAGAGAAUUGUAGAAUUUACGGACUCAGAGAACACAGCUGGAUGCCUCAAAUGUCAUUAAAAAGUACAGUUAAAUUUAAACAGUGAAUUAAAUAUAAUAUAGCGGACAAAAAAUAUCAAGUUGUUGAAAUGCCAUUUUUCAUGAUUGCCUCGUUACGAAAACACAAUAUUGGCGGACACUAAUUGGUGCAAAAUUACCCUCGGAAUAUAACUAAACAAGCCCACUUCCUGUGUAAACAUUCUAACGCACGCCCUCAGCUAGAGAAUCAGAAAAAAACGGACCAGCUGGUUUGCGUUCAGUUGUCACCUUCCGUUCGCCCAACCUGGAUCGCACAAUGGUGGCCAACGUGCUGGACGCCCACCGGCAGAUAACCUUUCCGCUAAAGUGCGUCGGACUGCACCCGCUGGUGACGGAGGGUCGGAACCGUCGGCAGCUGCACUAUCGAAUGCUGAACUGCGCGUUGAUCCUGGCUUCGAUCGGGUUCUACGGGUACUUGCUGUGGAACUACUCGCUGGACUCGGAGUUUUUCCGACUCAACAGCGGGCAGCCUGCAAGUUUGCCAACAGCAACGAGCUGUUUGGCGCAUUUCAACCUGUGCUGCAAGCUGUUCGGAAUCAUUCCUCUGUUCACAAACCUGAAGCGCGAAAAGACCCGACGACCGCUGUACCUCUUGUUGAACUAUCUUGGACUUGCCGCUUCCAUGACAGCUUACGUUGCGAUUUUACGGAUGUCCUUUCGUGAAACGAUUGUCCAAGUGGUUAACUCGUCACUGAUGAUCCUCAUCAUGGAGGGUGUCUAUCGGCAGUACAGUAUCGUCGGUUUGGUAGCAGUUGGACAGCUGCUGUACGAGGGUGUUGGCAAAAUCACCACCAUCUUGGACACGGUGGAUCGCGAGUUGGCCCAAGCUGGCAACACUGGAACGCUGGUAACGUUCGACAGAUUGGUGCACCGGUUGAUCGUGUUUGGAUUUUUGGCUCCUUUUCUACUCCUUGCGUUGGGAGCAGUGUUUUUGAACAGCCACGUUGACGUCAAGCCCGGACAGCUUCUGGUAAUCGCAACCAACCUUUACGUGCAGUGUUCGUACGCGUUCAUGCUGCUGCACCCAAUCGUUACAGUGUUGGCAGUGUCGUUGCGCUUCCGCCGAGUCGAUGAAACGAUGAGUUCAACACCCCGUCAAAACCGGGUCCAGUUAUGUGCGUGUUUGCUCGUUUGUGGCAUCCUGAUGACGUGGAACUACGAUUACCGGUACUGGAACAAGUGGAACUCACCGGUGGUAAUCAUGUGUGGCACUGUGAUGCAAACGGUUAGCUUUUGCGAACCCACGCUGGCUAUCGUGGCAGGUUUCUUGCUGAAAUCGAAAACACAACGUUUGCUGCUGAAGUUGCACCACUUCGAUGUUCAGUAUCAAAACCUCACCAAACAAGCGUUCAACUAUCGAAAGCAGCAAAGCGGGAUUGCAAUUGGCUUUUACGGUCACCUCGUCAUCUCCAUGUGCUUCAUGUUGAGCUAUAACGCGUUCGUUAACGGUUUGUCGGAGCUGGGACUCAUGACGUGCUUGACGCUUGCGUACAACUUAUUGCACGUGAUUGCAUCCCGUUUGAGACAUGGAAACGCUAACACCUCCUCGUCAAUCAAAAUGUUGUGGUUUAACGUCGUCACCAUCUACGAAUCUCUUCGUCCACUUUACUACCCGCUGAAGAUUUGUGGCCUCGCUCCAGGCCCGUUCCAUCGCACUAAACGACGGUACCGCUGGAGAGAACGUUUGUACGCAGCGGUGGCCGCUUCAGGAUAUUCGUGGGCAUUUUACGUCAACUUUUUCAUGCAAAACUUUUCCUAUCUGCAAAGUUCAUCUCUGAUCGUCGUGAUAUGUUACGUGUUUACCGUGUUUCUGUUUCUGAUUGAGAUCUUCACGGUGCUCCGAAGUGUCACCGUGUGGCCCAAAGUGCAAAGACUCUUUCGCAAGCAGCACGAGGUGGAUCAAUCCCUGCGGUGGCUCAACGUGCCAAUUGACCACGCCGGUUGCCAUCGACGGCUGACGGUGACGAUUUGGGCCGUGCUGAUCCUGUUGACAGCGGCCGUUUUGGUUAGCUAUCGGAGGGCCAUUUCAAAAUCCGCGCUCGGGUUCAGUUCGACGCGACUGCUUACGUACCUGGUGCAAUCCCUCGGGUACGCGUUGGUCGUGGGUCUUCCGAUUGUGGUGGUUCUGCUGUUGAAGUGCCGAUUUCGCGCCGUCAACGACGCGUUCAGGUGAGUUU